AUGAAGUUCACAGUGCAAGCACUUUUGGCAGCCGGUCUCGCCGCUACCGCGCAUGGCCACGCCAUUUUCCAGAAGCUAUCUAUCAAUGGGGUUGAGCAAGCUCAGUUGGCUGGUUUCCGUGCCCCAAAGAGCAACGACCCCAUCAUGGAUGUCAAUUCCAACGAUAUCAUCUGUCAGGUCCCUGGAACGACAUCCUCUUCUGUCGUUACCGUCCCAGCUGGUGCAAAGGUCGGCACCUACUGGGGUCACGUUAUCGGAGGCGAACAAUAUUCAGGAGAUGUUGACCACCCGAUUGCUGCUUCCCACAAGGGCCCAAUCGCCAUUUACCUUGCAAAGGUCGACAAUGCUGCCACCACUCCUUCCACUGGUCUCAAAUGGUUCAAAGUCGCCCACGAGGGCUUCAACACCGCUACCAAGAAAUGGGCCGUCGACACCAUGAUUGAUGCUAAGGGUUGGUGGUACUUCAACCUCCCAACCUGUCUCGCCCCAGGAAACUACCUCCUCCGCGCUGAAUUGAUCGCUCUACACAGCGCCUAUGACAACCUUGGUGCUCAAUUCUACAUCUCCUGCGCCCAAAUCAACGUCAGCGGUAGCGGUACCUAUAACGGUGGAUCCACUGUCUCCUUCCCAGGCGCCUACGCACAGGACGAUGCUGGUGUCAAGGUCAGCAUCUACGGAAACAGCGGUCAGCCAGAUAACAACGGCCGUGUCUAUGCCAUCCCCGGUCCAGCCCCCAUGAGCUGCAACGGACAGUCUAACCCAACCCCUGCCGCCACCACCACCACCAAAGCUGCCGCUACUACUACCACAACCCUCCGAACCACCACCAGGGCUGCUACUACCGCCGCUGUCACCACAACCCCAAGACCAGUCACAACCCCUACUACUACACCCAGAGCUGCUACUACUGCCGCCACUACCACCUCCAAGGCUGGCAGCAGCUGCCCAACCAGCUCCACUGGCUCUGGCUCUGUUGGCGCUCAAGCUCUCUACGGACAAUGCGGUGGUGUUAAUUGGACAGGUCCAACCAAGUGUGCCCAGGGCACCUGCACAAAAUACAACGACUACUACUCCCAGUGCGUGAGCUACUAA